AUGCCCCAGCUACACCUGCAUCCACUACCCAAUCCAUACCCAACCUUUGGGAAAAGGGAAACAGAAAGUGCCACCAGCAAGGAGGAUGAGCUGGCUGACAACAUCGACAAUGAUGAGGGUGAUGGCGAACCAGGUCCAUCUGCAAAGGGACCUCAUGCAGCUGGGGACAACAAGCCCUGCGAGGCAUGUGCCCAGGCAAACCUUGUGUGUGUCAGGGAGCCAGAGGCAUCCUGCAAACAGUGCAGGAAGGCAAAACACAAGUGCUUGCACUCUCGAGGCAUAGGGAGAAAGGGCUGUCCCACAAAUGAGUCAAUAAUGAUCUUUGGAGAGAAUAAGGACAGGCUUAUGAUUGACAAUGACAAGAAAGAGUCUAUAGCUCUCAUGCUCAGGCCUGAAUGA